GCACAGUUUUCUGCAAAAUGUGAAGUUGAAUUAAUAUUUUACGUUUUCAUUUUGUGGAAGAAUGGGCCAAAAAAGGACAAUGUUAUUGCUGCUGCUGCUGAGUUUAAUGCUUCUAUAUGCUGUCACGAGCAAAGACCCAAGACGCAAUGUACUGUUCAUCAUCGCAGACGACUUGAGAACGUCUCUGGGUUGCUAUGGUGAUGUUGUGGUCAAAUCUCCUAACAUUGAUCAGCUGGCCUCACACAGCUAUGUCUUCCUCAAUGCAUAUGCACAGCAGGCCGUGUGCGCUCCGAGCCGGACCUCCCUCCUGACGAGCCGGCGUCCUGACACCACCAGACUCUACGACUUCAAAUCUUACUGGAGACACCAUGCUGGAAACUACAGUACUCUGCCCCAGUACUUCAAGAGUCAUGGCUAUUACACCAGGUCCAUUGGCAAGGUGUUUCAUCCAGGCAUUGCUUCAAACCAUUCAGAUGACUACCCUUACAGCUGGUCUGUUCCUGCAUAUCAUCCAGCUUCAUUUGCUUUUGAGAAGAAAAAGGUGUGCAGAGGAGCGGAUGGACAACUUCACACUAACCUCCUCUGCGCUGUGGAGGUUUGUGAGCAGCCGAUGAAGACUCUGCCCGACAUCGAGAGCACCAACGAAGCUCUGAGUUUCCUCAAGUCCAGAAUAAACCAGGACCAGCCCUUCUUCUUAGCCAUAGGAUUCCACAAACCACACAUCCCAUUCCGAAUCCCAAAGGAGUUCUUGAGUCUGUACCCUUUGGAGCACAUGUCUCUGGCCCCAGACCCUGAUGUGCCCAAACAGCUCCCCCUGGUGGCCUAUAACCCCUGGACCGACAUCAGGCUGAGAGAGGACAUCCAGAGACUUAACCUCAGCUUCCCAUUCGGACCCAUCCCCAAAGACUUCCAGUUAAAGAUCCGUCAGCAUUACUUUGCUGCUGUCUCCUUCCUAGACGCUCAGGUUGGGCGUCUGCUCUCGGCUCUGGAGCUAAUGGGACUAGACCAGAACACUACUGUGGUCUUCACCUCCGAUCAUGGCUGGUCUUUGGGAGAACAUGGAGAAUGGGCCAAAUACUCGAACUUUGACAUAGCGACGCGAGUCCGCUCUUGUUCUAUGUCCCUGGACUCUCAGACAAAAAACAGCAAAAACGACAAAAAGUUUCAGUUCAUUGAUGUGUUUGGACCAGCAAAGACCUUCACCGAUGGUCAGGAGGAAGAGAACAUGGUGGAACUGGUGGAUGUCUUCCCCACACUUGCACACUUUAGUGGGUUAAAUGUGCCCAAACCCUGCCCUGAGGUCUCCUUCCAGGUGGAGCUGUGCAGAGAAGGACAGAAACCGAGCCCAACGACUUAACUCACCAGGAAAAAAAGAAAAACAUGGAACGGAUUUGCAGUUAGUCAAUACCCCAGACCCUCUGAUAGUCCCCAGGAGAACUCUGACCUGCCUGACCUCCGUGAUAUCAGGGUGAUGGGGUACUCUCUGCGUUUGUGGGAUUACAGGUACACCCUGUGGCUAGGUUUUGAUCCCAGCACUUUUCAGGUGAACCUGUCAGACAUUCACGCAGGAGAGCUGUAUUUGAUGGACUCAGAUCCUGGACAGGACCAUAACGUUUAUGAACAAAACCUCCACACAGCAGUGACCAGGAGGACGGGCACACUGUCCCUGAAUGCGAGUAUUCAGGAUCGAAUGAAACUGCAGCUCUUCUACCUCAAACAGCUCAGAAAUCAAGGGGAAACAUGAAAAGGAAAAAUGGAAAUACAACCAAUUCACUUAAAGAAAAGGGGAAUAAACAAACAAGGAGAUGAGACACGGUUUAUGGAAGCCACAUGGAAACACUAGAGAUAAUCCGGUUCUUCACUUGGGACAUGAAAGCUAGUAACAUAAGAAGCGGCAGAAUGACAAGAAUUCCAUAUUUGGCCCAAAAACAGUAUUUUAUUGUAAACUGCAGAACUGUCAAAUAAAGUUACAGCUUUGUGAGAUACAGAGUUUCAGCGACAUCACGUUUCACUGUAAAACUGAACGACACCGAAUGUCUGUGGAGCGGUUGGAUCAACCUCUGAUCAAUGUUUGGAUUUAGGACUCAGUGGGUCUAAACCAAGGACUGGAUCAGAGACCGGACCAGGGACUGGAGGGUUUGGGAUUUCAGAUGAAGAUCAGAUAAAGAUCAUGAAGCUAUAGCUGGGGUUCUGAGAUGGAUUUGAAGGGAAACGCCCCAUAUAAGUGCUAAUACAACAUAGAUCAGUUAAAUCUGAAAUAUUGUAUUUUUCCUAAAUUCAAAUUUGCAAUUGGCUAUUGUUCUAAACAGCCAGUGUGAGAGCAGGGCUGUACUCAUCCUCCUUAUGUGCAAAACAUUUUAAAAUUAUAAUAAUUGAAAACAUUCAUAACAUUUCCAUGGUUCCGUUGGUUGAAAUCAGUGUGCAUUGCGCUAAUAAAACUGCCACUUGACAAACCUGAUGUGGAGUUCAAAUAGGGCCCCAGGGAGAGAUAGCUAAAUACUGCUAAAAAACAUGCAUGGAUGACACCAGAACCUCUUCAAGCAUCUUUUUGAUGAGGCAACAGCAUAUAACAUAGUAGAAAGCUAUAAACAAAAACAAAAACUAUUUUGCAUAAUACCCCCUUUUUAACAUUCAAGUGUUCUCCUCUGUAUAAGUGCAGGGUACCAGAGCCCCCACCCUCAUUGACUGCAGCUGUCUCCUCUUUCUGGGGGAGUCUCCCAGUGAAAGGAGGGGCAUGGAGGGCACAGAAUUUGAGUACCAACACUGCACACAGAAUGUCAGCCACACCUCCGCCCCAAGGCAGCUGUGGCACCACCUCAAACCCCAGCUAUUACCUCUUUAAAUGUAUGGUGUGUUUGAGUGACCAGGCUUUCUUUGUAAAUGACAACACUAAAUAUAUUUGAGUUCAGAUGGCUCUCGUCUGUAGCAGAGUUAUUGCAUGCGAUGGUCAAAUUCAGGCAUUUUAUAAAAACUCAAAUCUUACAAAAAUCACAUUAAAAAUCACACUAAACUUAAUCAAGCAAAUGUUUUAAAGCCAAACUCCGGUUGUCGUCACAACACCAGACACAAGCUCAUGGAGACAUCAUUGUACCAAUAUGGUAUGGAAAAUAUAUCAUUAUCAAUAUAUGUUAAAAUAAAUAAACUCCACUGGACACAAACUAAAGGCACUUUGGAGAAUCACAUCCAAAUCAUGUUUCACACAUUCAUACAGAGCUGCGUCUACAAGGACCGAGAAGCAAAAUCUGUUUAGUGCACACAAGAAAGAGGAGUCCAAAAUGUAUUGCUAUAUCUUCUUAAAGUGGGACUAAACUCCCCAUUUCAACCACAUUUGAAAUCAAGCUGCCUAAACUGGGUAAUGCCUGGGGAAGAGCUGGGUCUGGGGGACUAAAGGGAGAGUGAGGGGGAAGGAGAGGCAGGGUCAGUGUCAUUGAUCUAACAGGUAUCCACACUUCAAACUCCACCCCUGCAACCAGGUGCUAGUAAUCAAAAACAUCUGGCUGUAAUCAGGGCAGUCAUGUGUGAUGUCACAUAGUACUUGAAAUAGCAGAGGCCACUAGAGGCAGCAGUACACACUCCCAGAUUAACCAAAAACGUUGAUUUAGAGUUUAGUUCCACU